AUGAAUCUUAAGGCAAUGGCUGCUCAACAGGAGAGAAUUCUCCGCGAGCUUAAGCGCGAAAGCGAAAAACGCGACCGCGUUGAAGAAGAAGAAGCUGGCGCGAGUUCUUCAGAUCCGAAGAAACAGAGGCUCGAGAAUGAUGAGGAGGUUCCUGACGAAUGUCAUGUUUACAGUUUGACCGAGAAGUGCGAUCGCGAGGUGUCUUCUCUGCUCAACUACACCAUUGAAGGAUGUUUUGAUGAGCUGGAGAAGCAGAUCAAUCAGCCAAUCCCAACCGAUUGCCGGGUUAGGAUAUGCAAGUUUGCCGAUUUAUGGGUCAAAGAAAUUGAUAUGUCCAAUUCGAAUAGAUCAUCAUUUGUUGAGGCUGCAAAGUAUCUAUCGCGGAAUGAGAUUGGAAAAGCUUGCGCAAUUUUCACACAACUCCAUCGCUCUGCUAAAGAUAAGCAGCUUAAUCUUGAGGAUGUCUUCUAUACCUUCCUUGAUAUGGCGAUGAACAAGGACUUGAAGCAGGAAGUGAAUGAUGCCCGCAUGAAAACCAUUCUAUUGGCCAGUAAACAACAGCCAACUACCCCUAUUGAGAAUAGCAACAUUUUUGACAAACUUCCAACAGAGUUGGUCGAGAAGAUCUUCGCGCACACUGCAGACGAUAAGGAUACCAGCGCAUUACGUAAUCUGAGCCAAGUUUGCCUUCGAUUCAAUUCGAUUGUUAGUAGAGAUGUUGUUUGGCGGAACGCCAUUGAUGGUUAUUACGAUGACAGCAAGGUGAAAUUUCUUGGCCUUUCCUUAAAGGAAAAAGCCAUUCAUCUGCCUCGCGUUCGCUUCAACGGCGUUUAUCUUGGGGAACAGGGAAAACGUUUUGCGAUCAAGUUCUUUGCGGAUGGAACCCUCAGAUUCAAGGUUAACUUCUCGCGGCAGCGUCAAGCAUAUUCGGUUGAUGAGGAAAAAUAUUCGCAGGAAAAGACGAACGGAACAUGGAAAAUGAAUGAUGAUUUUAUCAAAUUCACUGUUGGAAAGAAAGCGCCAAUUGGUCGUGUGAUGCAGGCCAUUGAUCCAGAAUUUGCUGCUGAAAGAGAUUUACACUGGCAUUUUAUGAUUCAUGAGGAUCGACAUCCGCUUCGACGCUUUUUUGGAUUAAUCCCGAAUGCUGAGGAUCCGGUUAGUCUCACCGGACACAUACGUAUUUCAGCAGAGCGGCGCCAGACUCUCCGUGGUGAUGGACGAAUGGCGCUCUUUGUUUCUCGCUUCCCAGUUCUUCAUGAGACGCUCUACUUCAAUUCGUUUGGACACUAA